GUAGCCUUUUACUUUUAUUACACGGACUUGUUGUUUAUGGGAGGGGCUGUUGUAUACAGAGACUUGUUCGCCGGCUUUUUCCACUGCCGACUUUACUUACCAUUAUCAUGAUGAUUUAUGGGCACGCACGCACGCACAACGGUUGUCUUCGGAUGCAUAGCUCUAUCUCCCCACAUGCAUGGUCUCUCUCUCUGUGAAAAUGAUAACUAUCAACAAUCGGAUCAAUCUGGUGCAACUACUAUUCACCCAUGUACCAAAUCUGCAAUUGUUUCAGUCUCUUGCUUGCCGCUUCCUUGCUUUUCUUUUCUGGGUAUUGUAAUUAUCCUUGUCAGGUCACGUAAUUACUCUCCCUCCCUCUGGAAUAAUAAACUCUUUUCUUCUUUUUUUUAAGCUAUAGUACGAUUACAGCAUUCACACCUGACAUUACUUGCCCGCUUCAUGUUUGUCGCCUUACUAUAUUUCCACUUCCUAUGCUAUUGCUAGAUGUAGUUUCUUUUUCACACCUCCUUCACCAGCAGUACCGUUCUUGCUUUCCUCUUGCUUUUCUUGGCUCUUCUUCUUCUUUCUUUUUUCUGCUCGGUAGUUUCAUGACACGUGAGUGUUGAAAAUAAAUAAAUUAAGAGAGCAAUGGCUCCUGCUACGACCUCUGUACCGUCAUUACCCUCGCCUUGUCCAAAGUCACCGCGAGAGUAUCCAGAUUUGUAUGGGAAGCGCAGGGAAAUGGCUAAAGUGCAGAUGCUUGAGAGAGAGAUUGGUUUUUUAGAGGAGGAACUAAAAUCUAUUCAAGGCCUCCAGCCUGCAUCUACAUCCUGCAAAGAGGUCACUGACUUUGUCAUGGCAAACUCAGAUCCUUUGAUUCCAACAAGUCGGAAAAAACGAAGGUCUUGUCGGUUCUGGAAGUGGCUAUGGGGAAUACGCUGUUUUAACUUCUCAUGGAUUUGUUGCUGCUGUUCUUCGGGCUGCUCUCUUCAUCUAGAAUGUCCAAGCUGCUGUGAAUGUAAUCUAUGUAACUGCUCUUCCUGUAUCAGCUGCCCAACUCUAAAGUGGCGGUGGUGUUGCUCUUGUCCACGUCCUAGAUCCCAUUGCUGUAGAAAGAUCUCAUGCAGCAGGAACAGCUGCUGCAUUUGUCAAUUACCUGCAUGCCCAGAUUGCUCUUGUAGCGGUUGGACAUGCUCUUGUCCCGAAUGUCCGAAGGUGCGCCUUUGUUGCAAUUGUAAAAACACUUGUUGUAAUCCUUGUUUAUUCUUCUAGCAUAUUAGUCUAAUAUUUUUAGGAAGCUCUUAUCUCCAAUAUGCAUUUCAAUUGCUACAUUUAGGAUAUUGCUUGGAAGAUUUAAAUCUUCCAAGUGUUUAUUUAGAUAGUUCCAAUUUAUGCCAA